AAGGUACUGAAUUUUGGGUCAUCUAAGCUAGAUUUAUAUGCACCCACAAAAACAAUACUAUAUGAUCAUGGAAGGUGAAAAUGGUAGCGGUAUGCGCAGGCAAAAUUUCCCAUUGCAAUUGCUAGAGAAAAGAGAAGAAGAAACCUGUUCAACCUCUGGUUAUCCAACCCUAGUAAUCUCUGGUACCGGCGAAACAAGCGGAAACCGAUCAAAUUCAAACCCACAAGUCCCCACUGAUCAGUCAUCCAAGAAGGUUCAACCCAAGAGGAACACAGCAAAAGAUAGGCACACCAAAGUUGAUGGCCGUGGUCGCCGGAUCCGCAUGCCGGCGGCGUGUGCUGCUAGGGUUUUUCAGCUAACUAGAGAGCUCGGCCACAAGUCCGACGGCGAAACCAUUGAGUGGCUGCUUCAACAGGCCGAGCCAGCCGUGAUCGCCGCCACCGGUACCGGGACCAUCCCGGCAAAUUUUACAUCACUUAAUAUAUCGCUACGAAGCUCAGGCUCAACUAUGUCAGCACCAUCACAUUUGAGGAAUGGUUAUUUUAGUCCCAACUUUGGGACUUCACAGUUGAGGAUUAGGAGUGAAUGGGAAAGAAGUAUUGAAGAGUCACAGCGGCGGAUUUUAUCUGGAUUAUCAUCUGAGAAUUCAACUACAAUCAUGAAUUUUCCGGUUAGUAAUAUGAAUAUGAAUGGAAUAAUACAAGCUAAGGAAGAGCUACGUGACACAUCCCUAGAUGCGGUUGAGGGUGAGCUGAGUAUAGGGCGAAGCCGGCGGCCGGAGGAAGAUAUGUCAUUGCAAAGCCAUAUGGGGGGUUAUAUGUUACAAUCGAGCACCGGGUCAGUGCCGGCGAGUCAUGGUCAGAUUCCGGCGACAACUUUGUUUAUGGUGACAAAUCCUAGUAGCCAAGUUAUAAGUGGUGACCCCAUGUGGACAUUUCCCAGUAACAAUAUGUAUAGGGGGGGUUCAAUGUCUAGUUCCGCCUCCGGGUUACAGUUUAUGAAUUUUGCUACCCCGAUGGCUCUUUUUCCUGGGCAGCAGUUGGGUUUGGGGACUGGCGGCGGUGGCAGUGGUGGUGGUGGUGGUGCAGUGAUGGAUGGGCAAUUGGGGAUGCUUGCUGCACUUAAUUCCUUUAGGCAGAUUUCAGGUUCGGGGGCUUCUGAGUCUCAUGAGGCAAGUGGGUCUAAUCCGCGUGGAGGAGAUGAUCAAUCAUAAAAGUGCACAUGAUAAGAGGUGACCAAGGCUAAAACAUGAACAUGAAGACCAUUAAAUCCUUGUUUUUUGAUAUUACGUAUGGCAUAUAAAGGUGUAAAGUCUUGAUGCUUUUCCACAUAUUCAAGCAUAGGCAAAUAAAUUUUAUGCAAGUUUUGUGUUACAAUCCACUCCUAUACGUACCAGAUCUGGCAUGAAAUUCCUUUGAUCUUGAACAUUAUUAGUCCAUGGAGUGAAGGGCUAGUUGAAGUCGGAAACUAAUGCUUUUGGAAAAAAUAUUCAAGCAGGAAACAAUGGUUUUUUGAUACUAUAUGCAAGAGGAUAUACGUUCUCUUCCUUUUGUUUCAGAAAAUUGCUUGUGAUCUUCAUUAUUAUUAGUCGACUUUAGUCAUUGCGUUUUGGCUAUAUAAGUAGACUUUUGAG